CCAAUCCUUUCUUUGUCUUCAUUGUUGUGCCUCUAUUCCACUAUAGCUAAUCUAGCUGUCCCUGUGUUAUCUUAUAUUUGUUUUGAGUUCCAAGAAUGUCAUUGAAGCCCUUCUUGCUUCCUACUUCUCUUUCAACCCAAGUCCCAUUCACCAACAUAUGGCUUCCUUUGGAGAACUCUCUGCCCAAUAUCCAACCCCAGAGAGGCCUAAACACGGAAUCUCACAACACGAGAAAAAACCACUUGCUGCAUACAUCUGUCACGAUCCAAAAAGCCUUGGUUCCUCUCAGCACAAGGCAGAGAGGGCCACAACACAAAGUGUGUCUUCUUCAUCUCAGUUCAAAAGGGGUGGUUCAGCUUCAGAAAGAUCAAAUUCUAAGUCAUUGGUGUCAGCAGAUUCAAGAAGGGUAGGAGCCUUGAUGGAUGAAGCUGCCAUAAGAGCAGUGAUUGCUAUCCUCAGUGGCUACAUAGGAAGAUAUGUGAAAGAUGAUCAUUUCAGGAAAAUAAUCAGAGAGAGGUGUAACACUUCCUUGAACAGAAGAAGAAGAAAGGAUUCUGGUGAUGAGAAUUUUGUGAACAUGGAACUGGGUAUGAAGAAAGUUGAUAGACUAAUAGAAAGUCAAGGAAUAAAGGACCAGGUGAGGAUGAUCAAACGGUUAAGGAAUUGCAUUGAGAUUUUAACCAUGGUUGCUAGUUUGAAUUCUAAAACUUCCAGGGAUGGUUCAACCUGUGGUGUAUCAAAUUCACAUCUCUCAGCUUGUGCUCAACUAUACUUGGCAAUAGCUUACAAGCUGCAGAAAAAUGACAGGGUCUCCUCUAAGCAUUUACUUCAAGUGUUUUGUGAUUCUCCAAGUUUGGCUAGAACCUACUUGCUUCCUGACCUUUGGGAACAAUUGUUUCUUCCCCAUCUUCUUCAUAUCAAAAUUUGGUACACCACUGAGAUUGAGUUCCUUUCAAAUGAAGCUCAUGGUGAGAAGGAAAAGAAAAUGAAGCUGCUGAGCAAAGUUUACAAUGAAAAAAUGGCUACUGGGACUUUUCUGUUUGCUCAGUACUACAAGCAAUGGCUUAAAGUUGGGGCUAGUGAGCCUCCUCUUCCUAAUGUCUCUUUGCCAUCAAGGACAAGUUACAGAUCAUCAAGAAGAAGGUCUUCAGAUUCCUUUGUUUCAAAUUCCUCAAUCAACCCAAACUUAUACAAGACAGUGUUUGGCCCCAAACUAGAGCAGCAACCUACUGGUCUUGGUGACCAAAAUGGAGUGUUGGCAAUUACUACAGGCUUAGAGAUUGAUGAAAAGUUGUAUGGAGAUGAACACAAAUGCAGUUCAGUUCAGAAAGAUGAUAGGGCAUUUGUUGGAAGGUCUAGCCAACUUGGCAAGAAUCAAGCUCAAUUAUGGCCAACGUCUCAGAGAGUGGACUAUUUUCAGUGCCUUUCUUGCAGGUUCAUACCAAGGGAAAGCCUGGAGAACAGAAAUCAUAGAUCCAGGAAUGCUUCAACUGUUCUUUCAAGAGACUUUGUUGGAGCUAUUACAACUAUAUGUUCAUCAGAUGUUCUAAACGAAUGUGAAUUCGCUAUUCGUGUGGUUACCAAAGCUUGGUUGAACUCUCCGGGUGAUCCUCAAAUUGAAGAAGCACUGACACAAUCUAGUGUAGUUGAAGCUAUGCUUGAGGUGUUGUUUUCCUCAACUGAGGAUGAGAUCCUUGAAUUGAUUAUAUCAAUUUUAGCAGAAUUAAUUGGAAGGAAUGAUGCAAUUAGACAAAUUAUUCUGAAUUCUGAUCCUCAACUAGAAAUAUUUGUGAGGCUUCUAAGAAGCACUAGUCUGUUUCUCAAGGCUGCAGUUUUGCUUUAUCUGUCAAAGCCAAAGGCAAAACAAAUGCUAUCUUCCGAAUGGGUGCCACUGAUACUUCGAGUGUUGGAAUUUGGUGACAAAUUGCAGACCCUCUUCACAGUACAAUGCAGUCCUCAAGUUGCAGCAUUUUAUGUUUUAGACCAACUUCUUACCGGUUUUGAUGAAGACAAAAACUUAGAAAAUGCCAGGCAAGUUCUUUCACUUGGGGGAUUGACACUACUAAUGAGAAGAAUUGAAGGAGAGGUUCAUGAGAGAAACAAUGCUGCUAUGAUAAUUUCAUGUUGCAUUCGAGCCGAAGGAAGCUGUAGAAGUUUUCUAGCUGACAACAUAAAUAAGACUUCAUUACUUGAACUCAUUGUUCUUGGCAGUAAACAAAAUUCCAGUGGCUAUGCCUUGUCUGUGCUAUCUGAGUUGCUCUACCUUGAUAGAAGAACCAAGACUUCAAAUUUCUUGAGAGGACUUAAAGAUGGAUGGGGUGGCAUAAGCGUAAUGCACAUUUUCUUCGUUUACCUUAAGAAGACUUCACCAGAAGAACGCCCUAUAGUUUCAGUGAUAUUGUUGCUGCUUGAUCUUAUGGAAGAUCCUUUCAAGGGAAGCUUAUAUAGAGCAGAAGCAAUAGAGGCAUUUGUAGCAGCUUUAAAUUGUCAAACAUGUAAUGAUAGAGUUCAACAGCAAUCAGCUCGAGCUCUACUCUUAUUAGGAGGCCACUUUUCUCUUUCAGGGGAAUCAUUAAUGGAAAAAUCACUUUUACAAAAAGCAGGUUUUCAAGAAAUUUGCUUAGAAGAUCCAUUUCCGGGCAAGGAAAUUGUUGUUUAUGACCCAAUUCACAAGAAUGUGGAAGACGAAGAAGCAGAAAGCUGGCAAAAAAGAGCAGCUUGUGUCUUGUUCAAAAGUGGAAAUAAGAAUUUAAUUUUGGCACUUGCAGAUUCCAUAGCCAAUGGCAUCCCAUAUUUAGCAAGAGCAAGCCUCAUAACUAUUUCAUGGAUGAGCAGCUACCUCAACUUAGUUGAUGAUAAAAAGUUGCCACCAAUGGUUUUCUCAAUCUUAAGACCACAUUUGCUACAAUCCUUGAAUUACGAUAAAGAUGUUGAGGAAAGAGUGCUAGCCUCAUAUUCAUUGCUAUAUCUUGUAAAAUAUUCAGCAGGAUGUGUCUCUGACCUACCAUCGUUAGAAAAAGACUCACUCACACAUCUCAGAAAUCUCUCCCUAGUAACGUGGACGGCCAAUGAGCUCAUCUCAAUCUUCUCAAAAAUCAGUUGGCAACUAAGACAAUGAUUAGCAAGCUUCAUCUUGUUGCAUCUUUCAAUGUUCUUUCUUUUUCUCACAAGUGCGAUUGUAAUCAUCCUUCAGUCAUGUAUAGUUGAAUAUAGUUUGAAAGGAAAUGGAAUAUUUUAUGGACAAAACUUAGUUA